AGUCCAUUAAACGAAUUAUCAUCACAUCGUCGUAAGAUCUUAGGAUCAGUACCAGAUCGAUGGCCCAUGUAUAGUAAUCAGAUGAGUGAUUAUGAAAUCCUAGAACCUAUUGGAUUUGGUGCUUCAUCAAUCGUUAGACUAUCAAGAUUCAAACCAAUUCAAAAUGAACUUUGUGCAAUCAAGAUUAUAGAUUUAGAUAGAUUAACACAAAAAGAUGUAGAAUCUUUGAGACGUGAAACUCAAUUAAUGUCAUUAGCUAAACAUCCUAACAUACUUAGAGUUAGAGGUGAAUGGAUCAAUGGUAGUCAACUUUAUAUUACCACUAGAUUGAUGAAAGCAGGUUCUUUAUCUGAUAUUAUUUCAUAUAGAUUUCAAGAUGGAUUACAAGAAUCGAUCAUUGCUACAGUUUUGAUUCAAGCUUUGAGUGGAUUACAUUAUCUUCAUUCUAAUGGUUGGAUUCAUCGGGAUAUCAAAGCGGCUAAUUUGUUGAUUGAUGAUGAUGGAACGGUCUUGUUGGCUGAU